UAUGGCUGCUUCCUUGUGCACGUGAAAUCGUAUUUACAAACCCCAAUCCUUCGAUCAAGUGCAGUUGCUCAGCCGUUUUAAUUCUACUGUUAGCUGAAUCAUGGCCAGGCACCAGAGGAGAAAGUUCAAGCAGAAGGGUCAGGGAAAAGGAUGGGGAAAGAACAAGAAUCAGUCGGGAGAAGAAAAAGACGGAUAUCAUAGAUACUCAUAUGGACCAAUCGAGAAGAAGAAUGAAGCAUUUGAAAAUUACUACAAGAAGCAGGGUGUUAUACCGGGGGAGGACUGGGACAAGUUUAUGACCACUCUGCGAGAUGAACUGCCUGUGACGUUUCGCAUAACUGGUUACCGAAGUCACGCCCAGCAUAUGUUGAGCUACUUGAAGGGGCACUACAUUAGUGCUUUGGUCGACAAAACGGUGGAUGGUGAAGUCCUGGAACGCCCCAAACCGAUGCCAUGGUAUCCGGAUGAACUCGCUUGGCAGUUUGGCGUGACCAGAAAGAGUAUCCGCAAGAUGCCAGAGUACAAGAAACUCCACGAUUUCCUGAUCACGGAAACAGAGAGUGGCAACAUCAGUCGGCAGGAGGCUGUCAGCAUGAUUCCGCCGCUGCUACUUGACGUCAAGCCUCACCACAAAGUGCUGGAUAUGUGUGCGGCCCCGGGCUCCAAGACAGCACAGCUGAUUGAGCUGGUCCAUGCCGAACAAGUUUAUGGAUGGCCUGAGGGUUUUGUGGUAGCCAAUGACUCUGACAACAAGCGAUGCUACAUCAUGGUGCAUCAAGCCAAGAGAUUGAACAGCCCUUGUUGCAUGAUCGUCAAUCACGAUGCCACUGUCUUUCCUACUAUCAGAGUUCAGCAGGGAGAAGGCAGGAAGUUGACCCCGCUGAAGUAUGACCGCAUCCUUUGCGAUGUUCCGUGCAGUGGUGACGGAACUUUAAGGAAGAACUUCAUGAUAUGGAAGAAGUGGACACCAAAUAGUGGAUUGAAUCUUCACAUUCUUCAGCACCGUGUCUUGUUGCGUGGGGCUGAGCUACUGGAGGUUGGGGGUCGGAUUGUGUAUUCCACCUGCUCUUUCAACCCAAUCGAAAAUGAAGCUGUUGUUGCUAGUGUCUUACAGAAAGCCCAAGGUGCCCUGGAGCUGGUCGAUGUAUCUGAUGAAUUGCCUGGCUUACAGCGAUCACCCGGAUUGACAUCAUGGAAGAUCAUCAGCGAAACGGGGGAAGUGUUCGCAAACCCAGAUGAAAUUCCAGAGGACAAGAGGCAAAAGUAUAAAGCAACCGUCUGGCCCCCAACAGAAGUUGAAGCAGAGAGGCUACGUCUGACCAGAUGCAUUCGAGUCGUUCCCCAUCACCAAAACACUGGAGGUUUUUUCGUGGCUGUCCUGAGGAAAGUUGCCCCUCUUCCUUGGAUGAAGCAAAAUGCCACCGCAAAGAGAAACGCCCAAGCUAACAUAGCAGCAGAGGCUAAUCUGGACUCCUCAACUGCGAGUGAAGGGGAACCUUCUAGGGGGAACAAGGCAGAACCCGUGGAGGAGGGCACCAUUAAAGCAGAGACAGUGGACGAGGAACCUUUGGACGAGGAACCCACAAAUACAGACCUUCCCGAGGAGCUCGCUGAACCAGCGGAAGAUGAGACAUUAGCUGAGGAGGAAUCAGUUGAGAAUGACCCAAGCUCUGGCACUAGAGUAGGCCCGCCACCUGCAAAGAAGAAGAAGCUGUUCCAAGGAUAUAAAGAAGAUCCCUUUGUUUUCUUCAAGAAGGACGAGCAAAUCUGGCCACAGAUCAAGGAUUUCUACGCCAUUGAUGACAAGUUCCCAAUUACCCAGCUACUGACACGCUGUCACGGUGGCAAGAAACGUAAUCUCUACCUCGUCAAUGAGGGCAUCAAGUCCAUCCUUGAGAACAAUGAAGGCAACAUAAAGAUCAUCAACUCGGGAGUGAAAGUGUGGAGUCGCAGUGAUGCCAAAGAUGUCCCGUGUGACUUCAGAUUAGCUCAGGAAGGCAUCUACAGCAUAUUCCCUUACCUGUCCCCGGUGCGCAAGAUCACCAACAUCACCAAGGACGACAUCCGUACGCUUCUCACCCAGGAGAACCCGUUCUGUUCCCGCCUGGAUCAGCAAGCCAGGGAGGCUGCUACCAAUGCAGGUCAGGGCAGUUUGAUCUUUGUCUACGACCCAAAAGAGAGAGACCCUGAGUCCAACGACAUGUCCUUUGUACUCGUUGGAUGGCGUGGCAAGACCUCUGUGCGAUCCUACAUUCCAAAGGGAGAGCGUCAGCACAUCCUGCGCAUGUGUGACAUCGACAUUCCUCCUGAAGGUGCCACCGUCCCCAGUGACGGCACAGAGGGUGGUGUAUUGCCUGACAAGAAUGGUGACAAACCAUGGCCGUGUCUUGGGGAGUCGGAGCCAGCCAUUGUCGGGAGCAGUGAUUCGGAGGAUGAGACAGAGGGUGGGGAAGAUCAAACCAAACAGGCAGCAACAGUGGGAGAGAUGGAGAAUGACCCAGCUGAAUAUGGUGGGGAAUUGAGUGAUACCCCCAGCAUUACCCCAGGUGAAAAGACAUGACUUACUGAUAGACAGAACUGCAGAAGAUGUCAAAGAUAAUGGCAAUGUUCCUCCUCCCCCCCUCUCACCCCAAUAAGAUAAACUUCACAUGAAAGGGGACAGAAAGAAAGAUAGGGAUGAUCACUGAAACAGUUGUAGAAGUGAUAUUCAUUCAAAUUCAUUUUAUGUCUGUCACCUGCAGUGACAAAGUGGACCCAUUUCAAAGUGCGUAAUGGCAUCACAAGAUGGACUGAAUAAGUCAAUUUUUCCGCAAGAUUUGUGGAUUUGUUUAGAGAAAUUAGUAUAACUUUUAUUAAGAAGGAUAAUGUGUUUGGUUGGCUGGCACUUUCACCCAAGCCUGUGUAUUUUUAUUGGGUUCACGAACAAACUGGGCAUAACUGUUAAGGGUUUGAUCCAUGUGCAUAGCAAGGGUUUUGUUUGCCCAUUGCUAUUGAUCCAAGGCCCCUCUACAGUAGCCAUGGUCAACCCUUUCAUGGUCCACGCCCAAAGAAAAGGAAAUAUGAGGAAAAGGCAGUUUAGGGGACUUUAUUUCGUUGCUUUCACAAGCAACGUGAAAAAAAAAGCCCCAAAAUGUAGCCUAAGCCCUCAGAAAGGCCAUUAAAGGUUUCAUAAAGAUAUUCCCAUUUUUAGGGGCCUGAUCUCCUUCAAAAAAAUGCGACCCUCCCUUGAAAAUUUGGUCCUGCAUCCACCAUUUCCCACUGCAGUAUUAAAUUUUCAACAUGCUUACUCCAUUUCCACCAUCUCGGUUUUAUUUGUUCAGCAUCCCCCAUUUGGCUCUGAAGUCUACACUCUGUUGUAUUGUAAUUUAAUACUACAUGUGAUGCGAAAGUCUGUAAUCAUACAGCAUUUGUCCAAGAAUUAACCUGUCAAGCAACUCCCACGGCAGAUUUAUUGUAAUUUGCAAGUGUAGUGCGUUUUUUCUCAUCUUGGUUGUCACAUUAGGAGUUAAGUAGCAAACAUGUACAUAUACAGUGUAUUUCUUUUUGGCUUUGUUUAUGUGUGAAAAUACACUUGGGCACACAAAUCCAGAAAGAUACUUCAAUUCUUCAAUGUGAAUUUCUGGGAUAGUUGCCCCCGUGAUUUAUUUUGCAUCCAAAUUUGGAUUUUUUUUGUAGGCUUUGCUUGUUUAAUUAACCCAUUUCAAUUGUUCAAAACUGAUUUCUUUACAUCUAAGCUUCAGUUAUAACCGCGACUAUCAUUUUGUAAGCCCUUUUACAAAGGUAAAAAGAGUAAUUAAAUACUUUGAAACUUGAGCCCGAUCAAGAUGGAAAUUCUCGUCAGGAUGAGCAUGGCCCUUUAGGAUUCAUCACUUGGUAAAUUAAACAAGACAGAAUAGGGGAAAGUGACAAGG